ACCUCGUUCAAUUUCAUACUUGGUGCGUGACCAUGGGCGGCAAGCCGACGAAGGAGAAGCAUAUCGUGGUCGAGGAGGUCUUGCACCGCGACUUUACGUACGGCACGGCCGCGUCCGACUGCGUCCAGCACUACAUGCCACCCAACUUUCCCAUGCGCCCGAUCCUCAACACGGCGUACCUCCUCGACUGCAGCAAGAGCUGGAAGCUCAUUGUGACGGCGAAUACGGACCGCAUGCGGCAAUAUGGCAAGUCAGGUAUCGUGCUCUUCUACGACGAGUUCUUCUUCCGGCUCUUCCAACGCGACUUUACGCUCGAAGAAGUCUUCCCCGACAUUGGCAAGCGUGGCGAAGUUCUCGUCAAGGCCAUGACCUUCAUGCUCAAGAGCUCGGCCGAGAACCCGAAGCAGAUCGUCAACAAGUGCCAUUACCUUGGCCACCGCCACCGCAGCUUUGGCGGCGUCCGGCCGCACCACUGGGCGCAGUACACGAGCACGGUCAUUGAGGUCAUCAUGUACUGGCUCGGCGAGUACGCGUCGCCAGACGUUGGCGCUGCGUGGUCCAACAUUGUGGGCUUCUUCCUCAUGCACAUCCUCGAGUCGUUCUUGAACGACAAGGUUGACCCGUUCGAGAGCUACCAGAACUCGAUCAUUAGCGCCGUCCAAGAAAUCACCGCGUCCCACGACGAAGAGUCCGAGCGCACGUCGGCGAGAGCCGACCCACAAAACGCCGGCAUGAGUGGUCCAAGCCUCACCUAGCUCGGUGGAAUCCAAUACUCUCUUCAAAACUAUAUACUCGUUCAAGUUGAAGUGGAAAAACUGUACACUCGUACAUUAUCGAUC